AUGCCAGCCGCUGCCGCUGUCACCAGCGCUAACGAGCAAGCAAGACAUUCAAACGGCGUCUACGGAACAGUACUCCGUAUGAGUCGAGCACCUAGCGUCGGACGUUACCAUUUCCUCGUGCCCGAGGUUGCUUGCGCCCGCACCCAAUGCACAACUUCCCCCCUCCCCCCGGAUCCCCAUGUCCCUGUGCCGGCUCGGGUGGACCUUCCUGUCAUUUUGCCACCUCGGUUCUUUUCUUCCAUUAUUCUGCUCGCCUGGAAGGGAAGGGCCGGCGUGGGCGGUGGAACGGCGGCGGUUGCCGGCAAGCCGCGUCACGGUCGGUGA